AUGACUAUCACCCAACAUCUGGUUAGUUUGCAUAAGGUGAACAUUUUCUUUUCUUGUAUCGUGUUAUUUUGCAUUCUUCCCUUGGUUGCUUUUGAUGUUGAUGGAGGUGAGACAGACCGCUUAGCCUUGCUCUCAUUUAAGGAACACAUAACAUUGGACCCCAAUCACAUCAUGAGAUCAUGGAAUGAUUCGGUCCAUUUUUGCAACUGGUCAGGUAUUUUGUGUGGUCAAAAGCACAAGAGAGUUGUCGGCCUCAAUUUGUGGUCAUGGGGUCUUUCUGGUUCAAUAUCACCUGCAAUGGGUAACCUGUCCUUUCUCAGGGCAAUUUUCUUACACAACAAUAGCUUCAGGGGCAACCUCCCACAGGAAGUUGGCAAGUUAUCGAAAUUAAGGAGGCUAGGACUUCAUAAUAAUUCUCUGUCAGGUGAAAUUCCUUCAAAUCUAUCCCAGUGUCUGAAUCUUGUAGAACUUGAUCUAGGAGCUAACAAUUUCAUAGGGAUUUUUCCUAAUGAGUUUGAAUCACUCACUAAGCUUGAAACCAUACUCCUCGACAGGAAUAACCUGACAGGAGAAAUACCCAAGUUUAUUGGGAACUUUACAUCCCUUCAACAAAUAGCUGCGAAGUCUAACAAUUUCCACGGAAGCAUUCCAGAUACUCUAGGCCAGUUAUCCAAUUUGUCACUCUUUAUGUUCCCAAUGAAUAUGCUUUCAGGCAUUUUGCCACCCUCAUUUUUCAAUCUUUCGUCGCUGACAUAUAUAAAUUUGCCUCAAAAUUUGUUUGGUGGGAAUCUCCCUACAGACUUUUCACAAAGAUUUCCUAGCCUCCUAUUUUUAGGGCUUGCUAUAAAUGAAUUUACUGGACCCAUUCCACCUUCAUUAUCCAACGCCUCGAAUCUUGAAUGGCUAGAACUUGGUGAAAACUUAUUCACCGGAACAGUUCCUAGAUUUGAUAGGCAAACAAGGUUGACAUGGUUUGACGUUGUUGGUAAUAAACUUGGGAAUGGAAACUCGGAUGACUUAAAUUUUGUAUCGUCCUUGGCAAACUGUACUAACUUAACUGUUUUGCUUUUCGGUAACAACAAUCUUGGAGGAGUCUUACCAAAAUCAAUGUUCAACUUUACUCAACUCACUCAACUCACGGUAAGAAACAGUUUAAUUUCUGGGGAUAUCCCCUCUAAAAUUGGACAACUAGUUAACAUUAAUAGACUCAUGCUAAGUAACAACCACUUCAUUGGUAGAAUUCCCGAAACAAUUGGGAAUCUCAGAAAUAUGGUUACGUUGACAUUCCAUGGUAACUCAUUAUCAGGUUCCAUACCUUCCUCAUUCGGAAAUCUCACUCUAUUGAGUGAACUGGGUUUAGAUUAUAACCAUCUUGAGGGAACUGUUCCGUAUAGUAUAUCAAAUUGUACGCAGUUGCAGGUGUUGCUACUGAAUCAUAAUAAUCUCAGUGGUUACAUACCUAAAGAGAUUGUCAGCCUAUCUACCUUGACACGAGGUCUUGACCUUUCGGAUAACCAGUUUUUUGGUUCUCUUCCUUCCGAAGUUGGCAAUUUAAAGAAUUUGGCUAAUUUAAAUGUGUCAAACAAUAUGUUGUCUGGGGUAAUUCCACCUAGUCUUGGAGCAUGCACGAGUUUGGUUGUAUUAUCUAUAUCAAGAAACAUCUUUGAAGGAGAAAUUCCAGGUUCAUUUAGUUCAUUAAAAGGACUAAGUUUGCCAUUACUUGGAGCUUUUAAAAACAUAAGCAUCGUUUCUAUUAAUGGAAAUGCAAAUCUGUGUGGCGGUGUUCCAGAAUUUGAGUUGCCUGAGUGUCCCCUUGAAGAAUCAGAAAGGAAAAACCAAACUCCUCGUACCUUAAAAAUCAUCAUUCCAAUCGUAAGUGUGGUAUUUUUCGUAAUCAUAGCGGUAUCAUCUUAUUUGGUUUAUAAACGAAAGUAUGGUAAGAUUGCAUCUAUUGAUAGUGAUUCCAAUAUGAAAAGCUUUCCACAACUAUCUUAUGGAAACUUACAGAAAGCGACCAAUGGGUUUUCUUCCGAAAACUUAAUAGGCUUUGGGAAGUUCAGUUCUGUCUAUAAGGCCGUUUUGUCUCAAAAAGAUGGACCACUAGUUGUUGCUGUGAAGGUGCUAAAACUUGCAGUUCAUGGUGCUCACAAGACGUUUAUUGCCGAAGGUGAAGCUUUGAGAAAGAUUAGGCACAGGAAUCUUGUGAAAAUCAUAACUUCUUGUUCAGGAACUGAUUUUCAAGGGAAUGAUUUCAAGGCUCUUAUCUACUCAUAUAUGGUCAAUGGGAGUUUGGAAGACUGGUUGCAUCAGCAUCCGAUAGUUGGUCUAGAGAUCGAGGAGGCAACCAGAUGUUUAAACUUCAUUCAAAGGUUGAACAUAGUGAUAGAUGUGGCUAGGGCCCUUGAUUAUAUUCACUUCCAGUGUGGAUCACCGAUGAUCCAUUGUGAUCUCAAGCCUAGUAACAUUCUAUUGGAUGCCGACUUGGUUGCUCAUCUUGGUGACUUCGGCUUAGCAAAAAUUCUUCAAUAUACCACACAUGAUCUUUCCGCAAGCCACUCAAGUUCACUUGGUGUAUUAGGCACAAUAGGCUAUGCUGCACCUGAAUAUGGAAUGGGAGGUCAAACCUCCACGUACGGCGAUGUUUAUAGUUUUGGAAUCCUCCUACUUGAGACUUUUACAGGAAAACGUCCUACUGACGAAAUGUUCAACAAUGGUCUGGGUCUUCAUGAUUUUGUGAAGAUGGGUAUACCUGAUCAAGUUAUGGAAAUAACUGAUCCUGUCCUUCUCGAAACAGGAGAAGAGGAAAAUGAACAUUAUCGUGCACACAGAUCAAUCAAGGAGUCGCUAACUGCAGUUUAUCAAAUCGGCAUUACUUGCUCCAUGGAAACGCCCGGAGAUAGGAUAGACAUGACCAAUGUGUUUAAUCAACUACAGUCUAUCAAGAAAAGUUUUCUUGCUGGUAGAAACAACUUAGCGUAA